AAAUUAACAAUCAAGGAGGUGGUCACAGAGGUUGGAAAUGUAACUAUUGUAAUGAGGAAAAUUUACGUGCAUCAGAUUUGAAUAUGAACACACAUUUAAGUCUGAUUUGUCAAAGUGUUUUACUUGAAAUUAAACAAGACUGUUUACGAAACUUUCCAGCACCAACUAAAAGAAAAAAGACUGUACAUGAGAUUGUUAGUGAUUCACAACCACGAAUUGAUAGUAAAUUUCAAAGUAUUAGUGUAAUGGAUCCUGGACAAGAGCAAUUAUGUCAUAAAGCACUAACUCGAUUUUUUGUCU